AUGCAAGGCAAAGGAGCUCACCGCAAGGGCAAGUGUUUCAAAAAUCUGGACCAGAUUGUCAUUCAGCAGCUGAUCCACAUCGGAGAGAGCACGAUUGCACGCAGGAAGCAGGAGGAGGGCUUUCAUCGGGACUCCGACCUCAUGAAGCCUCAAAUUGUCCAUUUGGGAGAGAAACCCUACCUGUGUAUCAUCUGUGAAAAAACCUUCCGCAACCAUUCGGGUCUGAUGGUGCAUCAGAGGAUCCACACAGGUGAGAAGCCCUAUAAGUGCCCUGAUUGCGAGAAGAGCUUCAACCAGAGAUCACACCUGACCUCCCACUGGGGGACCCAUACAGGAGAGAAGCCCUUUAAAUGCUUCGACUGUGGGAAAAGCUUUAGCUACAACUCUGGUCUCGUCAUACACCAGAGAAUCCACACUGGGGAGAAGCCCUACAACUGCUCUGACUGUAAGAAGAGCUUCAGUCAGAAGUCCCAUCUGCUCUCGCAUCAGCGGACUCACGUGGGAGAGAAAUCCUUCAAAUGCCCCGACUGUGGGAAAAGCUUCAGUUAUAACUCAGGCCUCGUGAUCCACCAGCGAAUCCACACUGGGGAAAAGCCCUACACAUGCUCAGACUGCGGGAAGAGCUUCAACCAGAGGUCGCAUCUCAUUUCUCACCAAGGCAUUCACACAGGGCAGAAGCCGUAUACAUGUAAGGACUGCGGGAAGAGCUUCAGCUUCAACUCUGGGCUAAUUAUACACCAGCGGCUUCACACUGGGGAGAAACCUUAUAAGUGCCCCAACUGUGGGAAAAGUUUCAAUCAGAAAUCGCACCUCAUUUCACACCAGAGAGUCCAUGCUGGAAAAAAGCCUUGACUUGGCAAGGAACUGGUUCCUAUUCUAUUAUGUU